CGGCCAGCGAGAGGUGCGGUGAGCUCUCUCCCGGCUCUAUCUCGCGCCGGCGCUGGCAGAAAAUCCAUCCCGCCACCCGCACAGGUCCGUUCCUCCCUGAGGGCCCGUCCCGCCAGAGCUGACAGCCCAGUUUUCAGCCGUCCAGAGCGCUCACUCCUUCCCUGUCUGCUUGUGCGCCCCCCUGGGUUUUCCCGCCUUGCAAAAUGAGGUUGCUGUGUGCGUGUGCUGCGCUGGCCGUCUGCCUGGGAGCGGCCGUUGCGGGAGAGGCGGACAAGCUGAUAGUGGGCACUGAGGGCGACGACCACCUCACUGGCGGGUCAGGUAGCGACACGUUUGUGCCGCUUGGUGGCCAAGACAGGAUCCAGACGGGCUCUGAGGACGAACCAAACCAAGUCGACCAAAUUGCCUACAACGGCGACCCAUUCGACGGGGCGGACGUGUCAGCGCCGGACAGACAAGUCGUCGGGAACGAGGUGAGUGGUGUAGCGAGCAAGGGAGGGAGGGAGGGGGAGGGACAGAAACGAGUGGCUCUGCUGUGCUUUUCUCUGUGUGCAGGACAUCCUGGAGGACUUCGAGGCUGGUGCGACCCUCAACAACAUGGGCAUCAAGAUCGAUGGCGACACAUGGUUCUUCGACCUCAAUAACUUCAAGCUCGGCUCAGAGGUGACGCACGCAUACACACGCACACGCACACACACACACACACCCAAAGAGAGCCACACAGUGCACACCCGCUCUCCGUGUCUGCUUCAGAUUCGUUUCUGCAAGGUGGAGGUGGUCGUUGCCGGCGACGGCUUCAAAAUCGGCAACGAGGGCUUUCACACCUUCUCGGAUCCCCAAAUCGAAGGAUGCGAGGUGGGCGGGCAGGGAGGGAGGGAGGGUAGGAAACCACGAAACCACAGAGGAGCGACUGGUCCGCUGUCGCGCACUCACUGUGGUUUGCGCUCGGCUCGCUUCGUUUCUUCCUGCAGGCCAACGCGAAUGUGAUCAUCCUCGUGGGCCCCCGAGCCGGUGAAGACGGAAAUGUCUUUAACAUCCCGCAGGUAUACACAGCGAAACCUUAUCAGCAGAGUCGUAGUUAAGCCCUCCUUCCAUCGUUCUCUGUGUGUGUACAGUUCAAUGCGGGCGGAGCUGCCAAUCUGGUAGGAGAAGAGCACAGCACAGCACGCCGAUCACACAACCAUUCGUGCGUCUGUCCGUGUGUGUGUGUGACAGAUCGCUGCCAACUACGGCGGCGGUGAUGUGACGGGCGUGUUCCUCUAUCUCAACGUUAAUACGGCCGACGGCAAUCGCGAUGGCGGCGGCCUCAACCUGAAUAGGCUUGUGUACAGCGUCAACCUCGCAGACAAGGCCAGUGACCUGAAAAUCCUCAUGAGGUCAGUUCACAAGCCGUAUUGGACCGCCCUUCAUUGACGGCGUGUGCUGCUCUUUUGGUGUGUAUGCAGGGAUGUGUCCACGUGCUCGGAGGGCGCUGCUGCGGCGAUUGCGGCAGGUCGUUGCAUCGAGAGUGGAGAAAACAUCCACAAUGCCGUUGCGGAUGCCGAGAAAUACGUGGAAGACAAUUUCGUGUUCGGUAUGUAUGCGCACAUGCACUGCAAUGCACGGCUGGCCGGUUCAUCCAUCCACGCGUCCUUCCUGUGUAGGCCGUGCGCGUUUCGCCCUUGACGGUUUUGCGCUGGGCUCCUUUGUCUCGGACAUCCAGAUCGGCACCGACAAGUGCGCCUGCACCGCACCCUGGACCCACCAAAGCUCAGCACACUUGUCCCUUCUCUCUCUCGGUGUGUUGUGUUGUGUUGUGUGUAUGUCUAUGUGUGUGUGCAGGAGCGAGUUGUUCAUCCCUCUCGGCGGCACUGACUUCGUCGGGACCGGUGCUGGCUUCGACAGAAUCUUGUUGCGGAUCACGAAGACCGUCGACGACUUUUUCGGCGGCGCACGGGUGGGUGGGCACAAUGGGGGGCGAGGGAGAGAAGGGGCCAUGUGUGUGUGUGUGUGCGUGUGUGAUGGCUGCGUGCCUACAGGAGGAGAGCAUCUUCGAUUUCGACUUCCACAACGACCAACAUGUCUUCAUGUCAGCCGCCAACACCAAACCCAACAGCACCACACCACACAUAGUCACAAUCCAUCUCUGCUGUGUGUGGGCGUCCAUGUGUGCGCUUGUGCAGUUCGCAGGACUUCCACGUGGAAGAGCUCAACUUUCUGGCGAUCGAGCUGCUUGGCGUCGACGGCCUUCACACACCGAACAUCGACCACAUCCCUGACGACACCAAUUUGUGGGUGCUCCUCAACUCCGACAACGGAGACGACCAGGGCGUCUUCAACGCACGAGCCGCCGCCGGACAAAGUGAGCCAGCCGAGUGGGUGGACUUGUGUGUGCGUGUGCUUGUGUGUCAUCUGUCCGCCUGUGUGUCUGUGCGCAGUUGCCGGCGUGCUUAAUGCCAAGGGUGCUUCGCCUGGAGCCGGGUACGCCUAGAUUUGAACCCUCACCCCCCACACGCACCAACACUCACUACUCGUGGAAUGCCUUUCGUCUCAUCUCAUCAGGUUCGUGAUUUACUUCAACGAGGCCUUGCAGCUCACCCGCCUCUUCUACUCGCCCGACCUCGCCAAUGGCGAGGCGCCGCUGACCAUCCUGGCCCGCUACGUCGACAGGAAGGGCGAGGCGGCCAUCAGCGCCCUCAGCGAGUGGCGCGAGGAGAACUUCCACCUCGACACCGACGGCAGCCUCUCCUGCGGCCGCAGACGAGUCUUGUGAUCUGACGUCAUAUGCUUAGUGCAGUGGACUGACUGACUGAUCUGAUCUCUUUCAUACGAAGUGGGUGGGCGGCUGUGUAUAUGGGGGGCUCUGCGUGAAUUUGCAUAUGGGCGGGAGGCGUCAGGGUGUGUAUGUGGUGCGUCUUCUGUGUGUGUGUGUGUGUGUGUCCCCUCGGGUCGGUGUUUUUCGGUGCUGCAAGCAUAUUGCGCAGCAGUGGUGAAGGCGAGCUCGUGGUCAUGAUGAUUUAUAAGGCGUGCAUGCGUGUAGUAAAUUCGCCGACUGGCCGGGUCGGCUGGUCGGCCAUGAGUGUGCGCAUACAAAAGGAGGAGAGCACGGCUACGCUUAUCGCUGCUGUCCAUUUCUGUCUGUCUCGGCCUGUGUGUCUGCCUGGGUGUCUGUCUGUCUCGGCCUCUCCUUUCUCUGCCUUGGCUUGGCUGCCUGAGUGCUGCUUUAUCCGUCCGUGUGUUGCGUGUGCCAGUGCGUGUGUGUGCUGACUGUGCUGACUCACGGCUGUGUUCGGUUUUUCCCGUUUCCCUUGCUUUUUCGGCUUUUUCGGCGCUGUGCCUGCGUGUCUGAGGUGUGUGUACAAAGCGGAAGUUUCUGACUCGUGGCGGGGCGGCCGGGGGUGCGGAAGUUUCUGACUCUUGUACAAAAUUUUUCGGCAAUGAUAUGAUAAUAAUUGUUUUGGGAGGGGGGGGCCAUCAGAUUGAAACGUCUGCCUUGGCAAGGGGAGGGAUGGGGGAUGCAGUCACAGCCACUCUUUUAUAUAACUAUAUGCCCCACUCACUGCUGUUCAUGUGUUCACGGAGAGGGACUCUUUCUUGCUUUGUUUGUCUGUCUUUCUGCCUGGCUGCCUGUCUGUCUGUCUGUCUGUGCGAUUUUCCAUGCCGAGCCGCCCGCACUUUCUGCUUACCUUGCCUUUAUUGUGGCUCGUGGCGACGGGAAUCAAUUAAGUGCUUUUCAUACUUGUGCAGUGGCAGAGAGAGGGGGAGACAUGUCGGUCGGUCGGUCGUUCACGACGCGUCAUUUUCUACACCGCUGUUUUCCAUGUGUUCGUACGCGAGAGGGGGUGAGGACAGGAAUGCAGGGAGGGAGGGAGGGAGGGGUGUGUUCAGGGUGUUCACAUGGGCGAGGACUGGUGGGGCGAUACACACCGACUGAACUUGUCUCGUCUUGUUUGCGGUCUUCUAUCCAUUCCCCCGUAUAUCAUGCAUUUCCACCAUCCAUCGCUCAUUUGCCUGUCUGUGUCCCUGCCUGGCCGCGUGCUCCGAUUGAGGCCACCCGCCGAACCGAACCAUCCACUGAUCUGCCACACUCGUCUCGUCUCGCAGCUUGACCUGACACGCUUGUUUCCACACGCCCAUCUCUGUGUGUGUGGUUUUGCUUCCGUCUGAGUUGCUUUGUUGCUUUUGAGAGGGCAGAGAGGAGAAAGGAGUUGUGACGGUGAUGGGGACAAGAAGCGAGACAGGGAGAGGGGAAGAUGAGCGAGCGUGAGAGGGAGGGAGGGAGGGGGAGAGACGAACAAACUGACACGAAAAUGAGAACGAAGUAUCGCA